GGGAAGCCAUGCGCUGGACUGCAGUGGACGCGUUACUUAUUGCAUUUCUCUCCGUGACAGGGGUCAGGGGUCAGAACGGCUGGAGCGUGACCUACCUUCCCUCACAGAUCUGCGCCAUAAAAGGCUCAACGGUGGAUUUGCAAUGCAACUACACACAUCCAGACAGAGAGGGGGAUACGGUCAUAGAAGUUACAAACCGAAUAUGGUUCACCAAAGAACAACUUGCUGCUCCUGUGGAUCUGAAAGCUGACCCAGACUACGCAGGUCGUAUAGAGUAUAAAAAUGGCUGCGCCGUGGCUAUCAGGGAUGUACGAGAGAGUGACGCUGCUGUCUACAAGUUCAGGUUCAUAACCAAUCACCCAAGUGGAAAACACACCGGCUUGCCAGGGGUCACUUUGUCAGUCUCUGCCGUCGAGCUGCAGGUGGUCAAACGGGAGCGCAGACCGAGCGGGACUCUGGCAGAGAUGACGUGCAAAAGCAAAUGUCUGCCUGACCGACAUCCUUACAUCUGGAUCAAGAACGGGCAGAACGUUUUGACGCAGACCUCCUCGCCUUUUUCACACACGUUUUCUUCCGCGGACCGCGUUUCGUGCGCCGCGGCAGGACACAGACAGUUCCCGUCUCCGGCAGUGUACAUGCCAAAUCUUCCCUCGGUGUCGCUGAGUUCCUCUGGUCACAUUGUGGAGGGCGACCCAACAACUCUAACUUGUUCCAGUGAUGCUAAUCCAGUAGCUACAUACAGCUGGUACAAGAAGGACGCUUCUGAUCCUCUCAGCAAAGACUCACAACUCGUCUUCAAGUCUAUCCAGUCCUCUGACUCUGGAGAGUAUUACUGUAAAGCUGAGAACGUGCUGAAAAUAAGGACAUCUAAAGUCGUCUUUAUCGACGUAAAAUACGGGCCAAGGCUUCUUUCUGUGGCAUUAAGACCCUCUGGUGAAGUAGUGAGGGGAACCUCAGUGGACCUGAUUUGUAGCAGUGAUGCUAAUCCGACAGCUAAGCACAUCUGGUACAAGAAGAACAAUCCUGAGCCUCUCAUUUAGAAACUUCAAACAGUAAAGUUGU